AUGAAGAGCUCCCAUCUCACUUCUCAUCAAAGAAUUCAUACAGGUGAGAAACCUUAUCAGUGUGUAGAAUGUGGAAAGAGCUUCAGUCAGAGCUCCGAUCUCACUUACCAUAAGCGAAUUCAUACAGGGGAGAAACCCUAUCAGUGUGUGGAAUGUGGAAAUAGCUUCAGGAAGAACUCCCAUCUCACUUCCCAUCAAAGAAUUCAUACAGGGGAGAAACCCUAUCAGUGUGUGGAAUGUGGAAAGAGCUUCACUGAUAGCUCCGCGUUGACUUACCAUCAAAGAAUUCAUACAGGGGAGAAACCCUAUCAGUGCAUGGAAUGUGGAAAGAGGUUUAGUCAGAGCCAUAGUCUCAUUUCCCAUCACAUAAUUCAUACCGGGGAGAAACCCUAUCAGUGUGUGGAAUGUGGAAAGAGCUUCAAUCACACCCGUGAUCUCACUUCCCAUCAAAAAAUUCAUACAGGGGAGAAACCCUAUCAGUGUGUGGAAUGUGGAAAGAGCUUCAGGAAGAGCUCCAGUCUCACUUCCCAUCAAAGAAUUCAUACAAAGGUCGGGAAAACCAUUAUACAGCUUUAG